AUGAAGGACCAGAAUCUUCAAAGAAAAAUACGGCAGUUACAGAGCAUGCUGGGCGAGAUCAAUAGAUAUCUGCAAGGAUCUGCAUCUAAGCCUCCUGGAAUAGUCACCAGGCUUCUGGAUGAAAAAAGCCGUUUGACUUCCCAGCUAAGGGAACUAAACAAUAUGUUCUCUGGGAAGGCAGACGAGAUGGAAGGCGUCCCAGGGAAUCAGCCCUUAGCACAAAAUAUGCCUGGAAAGCUUGAUAAGGGGCGAGAGUAUAUGCAAAAUGAGCUGCAACUCAAUGAUCCAAUGGAUAUGCGUCUGGAUGUCAAGGAACUCCUUCUGGAAAUGGGGGUUAUGUCUGAGGUAGAUAGUGUUUCAAAGCAGAUUAUAUUAAGUGCUGCUGACAUUUUUAUUGACAACCUUAUAUCCACUGCAUGCUCAGUCGCCAGAAACAGAAAUCUAGAAGAACUAACAAAAGAAGACAUUCUCUUUGCAAUGCGCAUGGAAAGAGACACAGAACUGUACAAUAGAGCCACCUUAAUAAAACACAGAGACCCAGACAAAGAACAUCUAAAACGCAUGCACCUGAUACAGAAAGACCGAAAGAGGUAUAUGGGGAGUGAAUAG